AUGGACGACGACGCCCGCGGCACGGGCUUCGACACGAAGGGGGUGGCGGUCGUGGACGGAGAGGAGAUCUUCGUGCAGGAGAUCGCGGCCAGCAAGCUCGACGACUUCAAGAAGGAGACCAAGGCGGACCUCGGGGACGUGCGCACUCUCGGGGACCACCUCGACGAUGCUGGGCAGCGCUGUCUGAGGCUCUCGGAGGCGGUCGCGCUGAUGAGAGACACGGAUCAGCCGAACUUCCCGCUCGCCGGCGUGAGGAGCGUGAAGGAGUUCCUCGAGUCGGUGGCCUCGGGGCCUGGCAACAUGACGUCGUACCAGGCGGAGUGGGAGCGGCUCAGCGGGGUCGGUGAGGGUUCGGCAGUCAACCAUGUGCACCGCAACCUGUGCGAGGUGAUUCGGCUCAUGCACUCCUGGGAUCAGGUCGACGCCUCCAUGCUGGCCUCCGCGGAGCUGAUCGUGCGCUGGCUGGUUCAGACGGAGAUAGCGGUAGAGCGCAACCCGCGCCACCCGGACUACAGCGGGCGGGACAUAGUGAUCUCGGCCCCGGUGAAUGCUGCGGGCCGCGCGACGACGAACAAGUUCAACUCCUGGGUCACUGACAAGCUCAAGGAGAGGGCGCAGAUCUGGAAGCAGGAGCGCCUGUACCGGGAGGAGCAGAAGACGAACCUGAAGGAGGGCAAGGGCGGCGACGGCUACGACCCGACCAAGAAGAAGCUGAAGAAGAGAGGGGGCAAGGCCGGCGCCGAGGGCGCCGGCGAGGGAGGGCACCUCCGGCCGACCGCCGUGCAGCAGUGGAUGAUCCAGAAUGUCGCCCGGCGUGUACUGGCGUAUGGGGAUUGCCCCACUGACCUCACAGAGGAGUCAUCGUUGCACGAGAUCCUCGACUCAAGAGACCACUACGGGAUGGAGCCCAAGAGCUUGGCCAGCUUCGACUUCGACAAGGUCAAGAUCCUGCGCAGGAAGGUCCACGUUCGGCCGAUACGCCGGGAGUUGCCCGCGUCGGACGCUGGCUACCUUCGGCACGCUUCCGACUUGAUCGAGAUGGACGAAGCGGGGCUUGAGAGAGAUCGAGCCGAGGGAGUGGGCGUCACGCCGUACUGGGACCCCCUCCUCCGGCGCUCGCGAGACCUUCGGAAGCGACUGUACCAGCGCCUGGACCAGCAGGGCCUGCUGACUUGGCGUCGGCGGCUGAAGGGGCAUGCGGGCAUCUUCGUGGUCAAGAAAAAGGAUGGGCUCCAGAGGUUGAUCAUCGACGCCCGAGCGGCCAAUCGGGCGCAUCGGCCACCUCCCACUACUCGGCUAGGCUCCUCGCGAUGCAUGGCCGACCUCGACCUCUCCGACCCCCGCCUGAAGGCAUCGGGCUUCGGGGGCCUCGGAUCCGGGGCCUUCAGCCCAGCUGGCCGCGAGGGGGACGUCGGAGACUGUUUCUACAACUUCACCAUCCCCGAGCUGGCGAGCUGGUUCGGCUUCGCAGACCGGUUCGACACCCGCGAGCUAACGGAGAUGGGCUGCCUGCCGGACUCGAUCUGGGACGACGCCGAGGGGGCCGAGACCAAGGUCGUGGACGGCGAGCAGCUCUACCCCUGCAUGUGCGCGGUGUGCAUGGGCUGGUCCUGGGCGCUCUACUUCGCCAACGAGGCCGUGACCUACCGAGUCCAGCGAGCGCUGCCCGACGGGGCCGAGAAGGUGAUGAGGGAGAUGCAGCCUGCCCCGACCAUCGAGCCCGGCAAGUGCGUCGCCGGUGUGUACGUGGACAACGUGCAGGUGAUCGGUGGCUGCGAGGCUGACGCCAACACUCAGAUGCAUAAAAUCGAGAAUCUUUUUCGAGAGGACCGCAUACCUUUCGACGUGGAGCCGGGGAACAGCUUGGAGAUGCAGUCCCUCGGCCUGGUGUACCACUGGCAGGAGCGUCGCCUGAGGCACGUGGCUCGGCGCGUCUGGCGGACCUAUAUGGCCGGACACGCCCUUUUGAGGCGCCGCAAGCUCCACGGGCACACGCUCCAGUGCUGGCUGGGGCACGUCGUGAACCUGAACCAGCUCUGCCCCGAGGCGAUGUCCGCGCUGAACGCCUGCUACCGCUUCAUCGAGGAGUCGCUGGAGUCGCCCGAGCGGGUCUGGCCCUCCGUAAAGUCCGAGAUCCGCUGCUCGAUGAACUUGCUCUUCCUGAUGGAGGCGGACUUGGGCGCGACCUACUCGGACCAGGUGUACUGCGGGGACUCGUCCGUCCGCGGCUACGCACUCCACGUGACGACCGCCGAGCCGACCGAGCUCCGAGAAGCCUGGAAGUGGAGAGAACGCUGGCGGUACCGCGACGUCCCGACGGUGACAGGCCACGUCAGCAGCGGGCUCGACUACGUGCGCGGCGGCGCGCCCGGCACCGCCACUGGCCCGAGGACCGCCUUCGGCCAGUCCCUGCUGAGUCAGGCGGAGGCGCCGGAGGAGGCGAGCGGCCUGGCUCCCUCUCCGGCCCGAAGCCGCGCUGCGAAGCCGGCUCGAGGCCGCACCCAGCUGCAUCUUGACUCGGGCAUCCCCGCCUUGGGGGACAGCUGGGUGGCCAGGCGCCGCUACAGGCUGGUCGCCGCGGACCGCUGGCGCUGGCAGGACGAGCACAUCAACCUCAAGGAGGCGAGGGUCGCCUUGAUGGGGCUCCGACGGCACUGCCGAUCGGUGAAGUUCAUGGGCACAAAGCUGCUCUCGAUCAGCGACAGCCAGGUCACCGUCGGGGCCUUCGAGAAGGGCCGCUCCAGCGCGGGCCUGCAGGCCCUCUGCAGGCGCGCAGCCGCCUACCGCCUAGGGGGGCAGAUCUCCUGGCGGCUCAGGUACAUCGAGACUGACCGUAACCCGAGUGACGAGGACUCCCGGCGCUGGGACCUGAAGAAGCCGGCUGGGCUGAACCGGGGGCCCGAGCGUCGGGACGCCGCCCCGAGCCUGUCCGCUCCAGCUGCGAGCCCCAUCACCGUCCCGCGGAGGGACUCGCUGAUCAUGGCGACGGUGACCGGUGGCACGCUGGAGAGGUACGCGACGGCAGUCCACGAGUUCGAGACCUACGCGAAGGAGAGGCGCCUGCCGCUGCAGCCGCUAGCACGCCUGGACGACAGCCUCUCCCUCUACUUCGUGGACCUGUUCGACGACGGCUUCGGGGUCUGGGAGGGGCGCAACGCCUUCUACGGGCACAAGCUGCUGAGGCUCCGGACGACGGGCAAGGUCGACCUCCCGAAGGCGCUGGCCUCCCUGAAGGGUUGGACGAAGCGGGCGCCCGGGAGGAUGCGUCUGCCGCUGCCCGACAUCAUCGUGGACGACAUCGCGCCGGACCUGGUGGAGCACGGGAACCCCCUGAUGGGGGCCGCGGUGGUGAUCCAGACAGACACCUACACGCGGCCCUCCGAGGUGGUGGGCCUGAGGCAGGGCCAGAUCUUGCCGCCGGCGCCGGUCGCGAAGCUCGGCGCGCACUAUGGCAUCGUCAUCGCGCCCUCGGAGUGGCACGAGACCACGAAGACGGGCGGUCAGGACGACAGCCUACUCGUGGGCGACGUGGCGAGGCCCUGGCUCACGAGCGUGCUGCGGCUGCUCCACAAGCCCAACGUGUCGGACAAGAAGAAAAUCUUCGACUUCACCCUCGGCGACUACGAGCGCGAGGUGAAGAAGUCGGCCUGCCGCCUGGGCUACACCUCCCUGGGCGUGUGCCCGCGCGUCUUCCGGCACUCAGGCGCCAGCAACGACAAAGGGGCCCUGAUCUUGCAGCAGUUGCGCAAGGUUCCCUUGGCCAGGCAGAAGAAGGCGGCGGAGCGCAGCAGGCGCCUGCCGCAG